AUGCCUGCAUCCUCCUUCACUCCCCCUGAUGCCCAUUUCCCACCGUGGGCUGAGCUGGCUUUUAGUCAGUGAGUGGGAAGCUCGAUUGUUCUCAGGAAAAGUUUGCAAGUGCCUGUCAAACCCUCGGCCCAACGGAUAGCAGUUGUGGUUUCAAGUCUGGAUGAAUUUUUUAAUAAAGAUGAAUGGCAUGUAUUCUUUGAUUGUUGCCUUUUUGUUGUGAAAUCUCAGUACACAGUGCACAUAGAGUUUGAUUGUUUUCUUCCCAUUUCAUUAUGGUUGGAGGCUUAACAUGGCAUGGGGUUUUCAUGAGGCUUGGCAACUGCCUCUUGUGGGGGGGGGGGGGGUGACAGAUUGUACCGACAGGGAUUUAUUUUAUUUUAUGAAUCAUAAAAGAUUAGAUUAGAGCGAAUGAGGGAAAAUGUAAUGUGUCACGCUAACCCUGUUUGCCGGUCUCAAAUUGUAUUGGUGAGAAUCUUUCCCGUGCUUUGCAAUGUUCAGGCUGUGUUCAGCCUCCUUAGAAUAAAUGUUCCUUGACAUGGGCAUUCCCAGAUUUAGGAAAUUUGAUCAUCUUGCAAACCUUGGUGGUAAUGACACAUAGAGAUGAAAUAAAGGCCUAAAAACCAAACAAAGCUGUAUGGGGUGUUAAAGUCUACACCAGGCUCCUUUUCACUGCAUUUAACACCUGAUUUACUUAACAACAGGAACAUCUCAAUAGGUGCUCCAGGUACGAUAUGACAUGGCACUAUUGUUCCUUAAGCAAGGGGGAGGCUGAUGACAUCACGUCUCCCCAUCAGACCAACUCAUUGAAUGCCCUACUCCUUGAAGUUUGCAGUUGUGUCUAAAAAACACUAUUUUGUAUUUUUUUUUUUUACCCUUUAUUGUACUGUACUGUAUUUAUACUUGCGAUUUAAAAUAAUUGCUGGAGGACGUCUUUAAGCUGAUGCCUAAUUAAAAUCUCAGACACACCGGUAGGAUUGUCAAACGUUUGCCGUUGUCAAACGUUUGCCUUAGCACCUCUGAACAGACCCCUACGGAAAAAGAUUGCAGUCAGAGUGCAGUAUAACGGCAGUAUGCGGCAAAUACUGCGUCCAAAACAACACAGUUUUUUUACUGCAGUAAUUUUGCAGUGUAACUGCAGUUAGAGUGCAGUAUAACUGCAGUUCAACUGCAGUACACUGCAGUUAUUCUGCAAUUACAGCAAAAUACCACAGUCGACUGCAGUCACUGCACUUUUACUGCAGUUUCAAAACUGCAAUCUUUUUUUAUAAGGGGAGUGUUGGCAGUGAAUCUCUUUUGUGUUCACACAGCAAAGACCUUGGAAGUCGUAAGCCACUCAGCCUUAUUAAAAUACUCCAAACCAGAAGGUGGCAGUAGCGUUGUUUGGCAAUGCAUAUCUGUGCAUAUUGCUUAUGGUCUAGAUUCCAAGCUAUCUGCGCUAAUGUUGCUAUUUUGUAGAAACCCCAUGUUGAUACUAGCCAGAUGGCCACAGCUAGAUAACUACCUAGCAAUAUUAUGAAGAAACAAUUAAAUUCACUCUCCAUAAUCCCAUAAUGCCAGUGCCAGGCCAUAGCCAAAUGUUUAGCUAGCUAGCUAACGUUAGCAUAUUCGCUAGCUAGCAUAACAUGGGCCGUGACUUCAUUAAUGUUCCCUGUUGGAGGGAGACAUGAAAGGACCACUCCUUUAAUAAUAGGGUGUGUGAAAACAGUCAUUCCAGACUUACCCCCAGAUUGCGUAUAUGGCUGACCGUACAGUCUGUUUGCUAAUAUCGUUUCCCCUACGGGCUUAGCAUGUGAUGUGGUGGGUAUUCUGAACUUGUAUCUAGUUGUGCUAACAGAGCCCACUAGGUGAAUCAGCUGAAUCUGCAGCAACCAAAGCAGCAGGAGUGAGAUUCCCUUCCCACAGUUCUUUCCCUGGACAACACAUACUGUACAGUGACCACAAUGGGACCUCGUCUUCCUACACUGGAGGGCAGGGUUAAAACAAGCAGCCUGUCUUCUCAGAUGAAGCAUAGAUCCACUUAUACUCACUAUUAAAGGGUUGUGUCACUCAUGGUUGUGUAUGGAAGGGUUUUUCAACACUUGUUCAUUGACUUUCAUAGAGGUAGCCUAAAUCUCGGUCCCGAGAGGAGACUGACUCACAAGCAUUGUGGAGGGAUUGAAUAUAGAGGAUAGAAGGACACACACUGCCUCAUUAAUGAUGCAUGUGAGCUUCAACGUAGUUAGCUUUGACCCGAGAUGCAACGUUUUUUAAAAGUGGUCCACACAAUGCCAAUGAUAGUAGUACAUUGGUGUUUAGUUCCGCGUAGCACUCCGCUGCCAGUGGAGUCUUGGUGUGUUUAAAUAGAAUGGGAUUGUAUAUCUGAAGUCAUAAUGGCAGCCUGCCACAAGCUAAGGAAUAUGGUUAAUCUCUGAGUUAAACUUUUUUUUGUAAAUUUCAAAAAGAGAAGCUAGAAUCAAAGCCCAUCUGAAAGUUGUUUUUCUUUGGUAGUAACAUUUCCCACAUGUACCUUAUCGUUUUACACUGAUCCUCCCCAUCAGUUAUUGUAAUGUCUGUAGGCCAUCUCUUCUACUUCAAGGCAGCCGUUAUGACUCCACCAGAAACAGAUAAACAGGGAGCGGGACUGGUACAUGAUUUAUUGGGGUCUGCUCAAGUAGACCAAACUGAAGCAGGAGGAUGUUUGUGGCAAUGAUUACAUGUGGGAAACUGGAAUGAGGAGGGACAUUAGCAAAACUAAUUAUAAACUAGUCCCCCCAGAUGAUCAUGAUGAGUCUCACUGACUUUGAGGGCAACUGAACACAUCUGGAAAAAAGUUUAAGUAAACUUAAUAGCAGGGAGUCCAGUUCAAAUAACAGAGGCAGACACAUACAGUAUAUAUUGUGUCCUUGGGAAAUGCACUUGACUCACAAUGAAACUAAUACAGCUGUAUAAAUGAAUCAUGUGCAACUGGUGGAUCCCUAUUUAGAUAGACAUUUCUGGGGACAAGGAAGUGGGCUAUUGGGGUCAGUUCAGUUCCCAUCGUCUGUUCUUCAGAACCUCCGCACCACAGGGGAGGGUCCAGAGCUUCUGUGAGAUCUAAUGGUCCCAGAACCACCCGAGCAUUGGCGGCAGGGUGACCCCUGUCCUGAGGUCUCCCAUAUCUCUCAUGCGAGACAGCCCUGGUUCGCAUGGCCUAAGUGAUGUGCAACUUUCCGAACCGUUUGAUGACGAGAUGUCCCCUGGCUGCCUUCGUCUCUCCCUGAUGUCAGGUGACUGGAUGGAAGUCCUGCAGCUUGAAUGAUGUUAUAGGGAGGGUUACUGAUUCUCUUGAGUGUGUUCACAGACUUGGAUGCUUGAGGAAGUUAGGGGUCACAGUAACUUUGAGGUGGACAGAUCGCUGGUAUAACAUUUUGGUGCAGUAAAGAAAAGUGCACACUCACAUAUUUAAUUCCAAUGUUUCGGCCUUACAACCUUCGUCAGACCUAUAAAGGUAAACUAAUUAAACAAAAUACUCUCAACUGACCGAGACCGAUUUGUAACAGUUUCAACACAACAUUUGGGGAUGCAGUGAAAUGAACGACAGACGGAUAUGCUAACAAAACAAUUAUGUCAAUACUUAUAUUGGGGUAGUACAUUAUGUCCUUGAGUGACAUCAGUGCUGUCCAGAUAAAAGCUGACUUCCUAUAACCCUUUUGCCACCUGUGUCCAACAUCAUGAUUGACUGACAGUUCCAGCUUUGCUGUGGCUUUUGUUGUAUUUGUUUAGCUGACCCACCUUAAUAACCCGAGUUUGUCUCAAAUAUUGCCUUACCCGUUAAGCUGUUCUAAAUUAAGUUUGAGCAACAGCUGACAGAACUAAGUGCUGUGCUGAUUUUGAUUAGUUUGGAGGAGCUGACCUGUCAUUCCCUGGUUCAGUGUUGUGCAACUCUGUCCUUUUCAAACAGUCAGCCAAACACCUGCUGACUAACGUAACGACUAAGGUGCGUGUGGGUGAUAUACUGUAUCAGUCUCCUCACUGUUCUAUAAUACAAGGAAAAUGUGUUAGAAAUGAAAAGGGCACUGUAGAACAAUCUGAGGCAUCUUUGUUUAGGCUUCUCACAUGUGUUGGGAAAAAGGGUAGAACAUUUUGUUAAACCACUGCUUUUAACUGUAAAAGAUGCAGAGAUUUUACAUGUACAUUUUAGUAAUUUAGCAGACGCUCUUAUCCAGACGGACUUACAAUUAGUGAGAUGGCUUUCAACACCCGGUAUAUUUAGGACAUAUCGUGAGAGAGAAAUUUCCCUCACAGAAACGUCUGUUGGCCAGGCACGAUUCAUGGAUCCUAUGCUGCUCCCCCCUCCCCCCCUGCUCAUGUGCCAAAACUAAGCGUGAUUUCCCUUGAGUCAGCUUCUGUUCUUGAGUCGAUCAGCUUUGUUUAGCACUGGACUCAAUGUGCAUUAAUCGUAGUAAAUUAUUAAGACUGUCAUUAACGUUCAACAGGCUCUGCUGAAUCUUUACUGACCAAAUGGCAUUAGAUUAUUCAGAAUAUAAAGGUUCAUCACAUUUUAUGAGUGUUAAUGGGGUGACUGUAAAUACUGAAUAAAAACACUUUAAUAAUGCUUGAUGAUUAAAGAGCUCAGGGAAUUUAAACAGAGGGCGAGAUGGAUUAACCCAUUUUAAAGGUUUACUGAGAUUUAGGAUUGGCACCUUUUUUUUUACUGUCCAUUUGGCCCCUUAAGUGAUCAUUUACUCUAAAAUCACUGUUUGUGAGACAUUUUCAGACCCCUGAAGUCCCAAGCUAUCGGUUGUACGUAUAUGUACAGCUAUAUGCCUCAACUCUAAAUUAAUAUAAGAUAGGCCCUGUCUAAUUUACUGAUUCUAUUUUGUGCCUAUCUUUCCCAUUCUUUUGGAAUUGAGGCAUAUAGCUGUAUCUAUACAACCGAUAGCUUGGGACUCAUCUUGACAUUAGACCACUUUUUAGGUCUGGAAAUAAUGUAUCUGAUAAACUUUCCAUUUUGUGUGGACUAUCCCUUUAAGCUAUGCUGAUGCCAGCCGUGUGCCAGACAGCACAUGGAAAAUAAAACAUUGUAGGUCAGCUUUCCCCUCAUCUUUGACCUUGAUUUUUGUUAAAGCUUUUUAUUUGUUGUUUAUUUAGACCCAAACACAAUCUGUUCUUGCCUCACUGCAUUGACGUAACCUUCAGUUUCUGCUCCAUCCCUACAGGCCAAUAUGUAUAUGAUGACUACGGUGACACAACACUGACACCGGACUACGACUACAACGCCACCAUUGAAUACAGCUUUUUCAGUAUGUUAAAACAUUUACUUUUUAUGCAUUGAGUUUAUCCCCGUUGGUACAACAUCAUUAAAACAAAAUAUUUAAUCUGCUUCUUUGUGUUUAGUUCUUUGAAAUACAGUAAGUACUGGAAAGUUACCUCACAAAUAAAAUGUGUUGUUCACUAGGUAACACUAGUACUGAGGACCUGGACAAGUUUCUAAGUGCAAGUGAAGAGGAGGAUGAUAAGGGGGAAGAGGAAGACACAACCUUCUCGACCGCUAUGUCGACCACAGACAGCAGCAUAGUCACCAUGGCGAAGGUAUCCCAUCAUGUUGCUGCAGUCGUUUGUGGCUGAUUAGGCUCCCUUUUAUCUCCCAAACAAAAGGUCUAUCAUAUAUAGUUUACCUUUGAGUCAUAUAUCUUUUAAGAUGGAGGCUUAAACCAAAACCACAUACCUCUACCCUGAGAACACUGAUGUCACACUGACCUUAUGUUCCAUGCUUGCGGAAGUUACGAGGACGGUUACUUGUGUUUUACGUGGGUGUGUGGAUUACCCAGGGGAAAACCAGCACUGGAGAGAUUUAAGACAGAUGGGUUCUAUUGUGGAAAUUCUUACACAGGGACACUCAAAGUCAAUCUUAAAUGAAUCAUUGUUUAUUGUCAGCAUGCUGGAGAGGUUCCACCCAACUCAAUGCACCAUAUGUACACAUGUUGACCAGGAGCUCUAACGGGGCAGUCCCGUUAGUUCCCUUAUAUACUGACGUCAUAUUUGCAUGAUUUAGCUUAUUCAUGAUUAAUUAAUCAUUAACGUUUGCUUCAUUCAUGUGACCGACCAAUACUGGGUCAUGCAUGUGACAGACCAAUACCUCACGAGGCUUCUUUUCCCUAAGCUGAGACCUUGAAACUGAGAUAUCCCUUUCUCUAAACAAGGUUCUGGGCGUACUGCCAAAUUGCAGACACUGAUAGUGAGGAUUCGUUCAAACAGUCACUUGCAUGAACACAGAAAUUGGUUUAUAGAAAAGCACAAACAUAGAACAUAGAAAUUGUUAAAUAGAAAAGCACCAACAUAAACACAUGAACACAGUUCAUUUGGAACAAUAAAAUUACUAGGAAUCACAGCAAUUUUGGAACCACUACUCCUGCUGCUAUUUCCACUACAGUAUUGUGUUUUUGUUAGUUUCAAAUAAACAGCAUUUUUAAAUCCAAAUCUUAACUGACAGCAAGAACAAACUAUGACAACCCACUUUUGUUUAGUUAGCCUAGUCCUAUUUCAAAAUGAGUGGAUAGCUUUACCAAAAUGAUAACUGUACUUGAUUAUUACAUGUUUUAAGUCCUCAGACACGCAUACAUUCCCUGGAAAGACAAUACAACAUUACAUUUACAUUUACAUUUUAGUCAUUUAGCAGACGCUCUUAUCCAGAGCGACUUACAGUUAGUGAGUGCAUACAUUAUAAAAAUUUUAGAAUUUUUUUUAUUUAUUUUUUUAUACUGGCCCCCCGUGGGAAUCGAACCCACAACCCUGGCGUUGCAAACGCCAUGCUCUACCAACUGAGUUACCUCCCUGCCAGCCAUUCCCUCCCCUACCCUGGACGACGCUGGACCAAUUGUGCGCCGCCCCAUGGGUCUCCCGGUCGCGGCCGGCUACGACAGAGCAAUCAGAAUGGAUAAAGCCCCAUUGAAAUCACAUAUAAUGUAUUUGUUGCCACCCUAUGGUCAUUUAUAACUUUUUUUAUUCAAAAACAUAAAAUACUGUCAUACCGUUAAAGAUGUGAUAUGAUAUUUUGGCUAUAUCGGCCAGCCCCUAGGUUAAGACUAGGAAAAGGGUUAGGGUUAGAGAAAAUGCUCUCCUAACCCGCUACGAAAAGUCAGGGCUUAGACAUAUUGAAGUCAGGUGUUUUUACGGUUUCCAGUAAAAAUGGCUGUGUUCCACCGCUCAGACGUUGCAUGCAUCAACCAAUGGUUGAGUGUGACGUCAUCGAUUGACAGAUUGCGGUUAGCUGAUACGUAAAAUACCUAUCAAGGCGUUGUACGAUCUUGCAUGCAUCAGCAACGCCUGGGCAGAACAACGCGCCCAUAGGUUGCGUACCACAUUAUCGACUGGGUCAUUGACUGACAGAAUGUUAUAACAUAUGAUGUGGUUAGCUGAUAUGUAAAAUACCUAUUCAGACGUUGUAAGAUCUAGCAUGCGUCAGAAGCGCCUGGGCAGAGGAAUGUGCCCAAUACCCAAUAUCUGGCCUUGUUUGACGUCAUUGCAGGCGACUGCCAACUGACUGAUCUACAAAGAACCUUGCAUCAUAAAUAACUACUCAUUAUUAUUUGUAGGUCAGACACAGUCACAAUUUACCCUUGAUACAGUACGGGUUUGAUCCUUUCGAACACGACCAGAAACAGAGCACGGCCUCUUUGUUCCACAUCUAAUACAUAUUGCUUUGAGGGUGCUUACUUUGAAAGUACAAAUUCAGCACAUUUCAGAGGCUUAGUCAAGAUCCAACAAGUGGAUCCUAUUAUCGAUAUGGGUCUGUCUGAAAGCCCCAGCUGCUUUAUAUCUCAAACUCAAGUCCAGGAAAUCCUCAUCAACAAACACUCUGGGAUUCGUCCAAAGCCUCCCAACCAUGAGAAAGCAGGAGGACCUUCUGCCAAAGAGCAAAUCAAUCCCCAACAGUCAAUGUGUGUGUGUGUUACUACUUUGUCAGGGGCUGAAAAUACUAUUUAUGUUGGUCCUCAUUCAUCCUAACAUGAAUUCCAAUCAUAAUAGCGCUAAAAGACUAAAACCCCUUAGAGUUUACAUUAAGAGAUACCACAUAAACUUGUAUGUGUAGGGUAUUACAGCUGGUCACACACAUUCACACGCACUUAUAACAUCAAUAAGAUAACAUCACUUUAUUGGUCAAUUGCACACAAGGUCCAACCAAAAUUUGACUUCCACUUAUAACCCAACCCCUUCGAGGGGGGGGGGGGGGGGGGGGGGGGGGCACCCAGUGUGGCAUUGUAGCCUGUCCAAAACCUGUAUAUGUACGUGUAUGUAUGUCUUUGGGUUGGGUUAUAAGCAGAAGUCACAUUUUGGUUGGACCUUGUGUGCAACUGACCAAUAAAGUGAUCUUAUCUUAUUGAUGUUAUAAGUGCGUGUGAAUGUGUGUGACCAGCUGUAAUACCCUACAUAUACAUGUUUAUGUGGUAUCUCUUAAUGUAAACUCUAAGGGGUUUUAGUCUUGACAUUUAAACAAUUAUCAUUGGAAUUCAUGUUUAAAUAGAAACUCUUCCUUGUCUGUGUAAGAAUAAAGAGGGUGCGGGAUGACCACCUCACUUGCUCAAGGCUCAUACAGGUCCUUUCCAAGUAUAUAUAUAACACUAAGGUUAAGUAACAAUCCAGCGCCAUAUCUUUAGCGGGUGUGUGAUAAAUCAUUUGAGCGUUGCACAUUCAUAUAGAGUUAGUGCUGAAGAUGCAGACUACAAUAUUUUGACUCCCGAGUGGCGCAGUGGUCUAAGGCACUGCAUCACAGUGCUAGCUGUGCCACUAGAGAUCCUGAUUCGAGUCCAGGCUCUGUCGCAGCCGGCCGCGACCGGGUGUCCCAUGUGCGGCGCACAAUUGGUCCAAGGUAGGGGAGGGUUUGGCCGGCAGGGAUGUGGGUUCGUUUCCCACGGGGGGCCAGUUUGAAAAAAAAAAAAAAAAACGAAACAAACAAAAAAACAUGUAUGCACUCACUAACUGUAAGUCGCUCUGGAUAAGAGCGUCUGUUAAAUGACUAAAAUGUAAAAUGUAAUAUACAGAUUAUAUACACUGUGUAUACAAAACAUUAAGAACACCUGCAUUUGUAUUUAUUAGGGAUCCCCAUUAGCUGUUGCCAAGGCAGCAGCUACUCUUCCUGGGGUCCAAACACAUUAAGGCACUUACAUUACAUAGAAGAUAAAACAGUACAUCAUAUAACAUUAUUACACCACUACAUUUCUACAAUACGAAAUGUAUAAUACCACCAUACAACAAUAUUACAAUGUAUGUGUGUGUAGAGUACGUGUGCUAGCAUUGGCGUCAACAUGGGCCAGCAUCCCUGUGGAACGCUUUCGACACCUUGUAGAGACCAUGCCCCGACGAAUUGAGGCUGUUCUGAAUGCAAAAGGGGGGAGGGUGCAACUCAAUAUUAGGAAGGUGUUCCUAAUGUUUGGUGUACUCAGUGUAUUAUAUACAUUGUAAGGUAUUAUGUAUACACAUACAUGCUAACACAUUCACAUAACUAUAUAAAUGUUAGAAGGUAGCUGUUAUUAUUGCCUUCUAGCCCAACAAAAGCAUACAGUAUUUAUAUAGCAGACUUGAACAAAAUCUCUCCCACAUUAAAUUACGUCGAACCAUUCAGCUGAACAUUCAGUUGUUCAUGGCACUGGUGGACAUUGGUGGCAGUGGUUGCUUCUUACUCAGUUCUCGUCUGGUCACCUUGCCACUCCUCAGUUUAUAACUCUCUUGCCUCGUGAUCUUUUGUUUUAUGCUAGGCAGGACUGUUAUUUAAUUUUGUUACGGUUGAGAAUGACUUACAUUGGUGUUGUGUACUGGUUUGUACAGGGCUCCAGGACCGCUCCUCCUUGUUUGCUGCUCGCCCUGGGCUUGACCGUGCACCAGCUGGGCCAACUCCUAUGAGGGCCGGGACCAACGACGUUAUAGGACACAUACUUAGGAGGUGGGUCACACACAUGCUAAAAUACAUAUACUAAAUACACACUUGAACAUACAGUAUGUAUACUCAUUGGCGGGUCAAACACAAUAAUGCAUAAUAAUACUUACUACAGAUUUAAGUGUGAACGGUUCCAAUAAUUGUGUACUACAGCUCCAAUAAUAACAGGGUAUGUAGAUGUAGUGAUAUUUUGAUACAGUAGAUGACACUUUGUGCACACUAAAUAAUGUGGUGAAUAUGUCUGAUUGCUACAGAGCUAUUUGCAACCUAUCUGUAGAUUAUAAGGUGGACACCAUUAGUAGCAUACCACUAUCUUUUUUAAUGUGCAUGUUUCUCUUAUUAAAUGGCUUUUACAUUUAUUCAUUUGUAUGUAUGGUUUGGGAAUUAAUUGUUUUAGGACCUUUUAACAAGAGUCUUAUUGAUUUUAGAGAGCAUGCACUUGUUUAUUUAUGACUUACCUGGAAAUUCAGUCCUCCAGGGGCCUGGCCUGCUGCUUUUAGAACUCACUCAGUACCAUCUUCAUUUCAUUUAUGAUCCUAUGAUUCCAUCUAGCAACUUUUAAGGGUACUGCAAUUGAAAAACAUUUUAUUGAAACAUUGGAGGGGCAGAUAGGAAUAGGCCUGUGCACCUAAAAAACUAAACAGUUUAUUUUAACCCUACCCAAUAUAAAACCUAACCCUUGCCUGUGCCAUUUCUGGGUUGCCUUUCCAACAUUUUAGACAGUUUCAGUUUUAUUUUUAGGUGCUAGCAUACCUCUAUCUUUACAUAUGUGCAUUACAUCAUAUAGUGUGAUGAGUUCAUUAUUAUUUGGUUGAAAUCAUGACUAGUGUUUUUCUCUAACAUUUCAGAUAUCCAUGGAUCUAUGCAAGAAGGGAAGAGCGUGAAAGGACAGCAGUGACACUUGGGGACAUUUCACCAAAAUACUGUGAACUCAAACAUUCUUAUGCAAAGAACCCCUCAGUCUAUGACUGCUCCCCCUCAGGACCUGAAACCCAAACCAGGGACUCAAACCCCUACUCACACUGGACAUGUCACUACAACACAUCACCCAUAGUAUUCUAUAGGAGUCAAUCACUUCACUUUUUUUGUAUGUGUUAAUACACACACAACACUGCUUAUGUAGCAAACGCCACCACUGCUCAAUAUUCAUAUGGUUUUGCAUAAUUCAGGGAGGUAGCUGAUCUAUAAGGUUGGUACAUGCAAUAUUAGGCUGCUGGAAACAAAUGCCCAAUGGCGAUUUAUUAGAUGUGAAAGGAGGCCGGUUAAUGAGAGGACAUUAUUGUGUUGCUCAAAAAGUAAGAAACAGAUUGGAAAUAUCUACAAUCCCACAGCAACGCAUAACCUGUUAUGCGCUUUGUCCAUCAGGGUGGUCAAUCGUAUUUUUCUUCUGUUUUGGAACUACUUUGAUUCAUGUGGCUUUUUGUUGAGAAAACGUGUCAUUCUGUUAAUGAAAAGCUCCCAAAAGAAUGGUUUGAAAAGGUUGUGAACCUCAAUACCAUUAGCACAAAUAUAUCUGAUGUUCCAUUUCACACGUGUUCAUUCCAAGCUCCACUACUUCCCGUCUGUGUUUAUGAUGUAAGAAACAUCACACACAAACAUGGCAAAGCAUCCUUCUAAUCUGAGCCAUGCUGUUUAUUGACUUUGACCACACACACAGGCACUUUCCUUAGAAAAUGGCACUUCUGCAUCACCAGUCACCCCCUCAUAAGGGCAGGUGACCCUCUGCAGCACACCCUUAUUCCCAUGUUGUGUUUUCUACCAUUUUUAUAAGUGUUUUAUAAAUGUUUUAUAGACGGUGAAUAAAUGAACUCUACAGAGGUGGUCAUACCGACAACACAAGGUUAAUCAUGUCAUCUGAUUAAUGGUUUUGUCAGUGUAGUGUAUGCAUUUAUACAUAUUGUUUAUAUUUCAUAAUGAAUAUUUUGAAUAAAUUUGUUCUCCUAUUCAUUUUCAUAUUAUAUAAUUCAUUUUUGUGUAUUCAAAAUAUUAAAUG